GUGUGUGUGAGCUGCAUGUAUGACCCCGUGAUAAGGAUGCAUGACAUGUGUGACGCCCCCUAUAGAGAGAUGGCGGAUCAAGGGUUUCUGAUGGAAGUCUGCGUCGAUUCUGUGGAGUCCGCAGUGAACGCAGAGAGGGGAGGUGCAGGACGUAUAGAGCUGUGCGCCAGUUUGUUGGAAGGAGGGAUCACCCCUUCCAUAGGUCUCUUGCAGGUAGUGAAGCAGUACGUGCAGAUCCCAGUAUUUGUGAUGAUCCGGCCGCGAGGGGGAGACUUCCUCUACUCUGACCGAGAGGUAGAAGUCAUGAAGGCCGACAUCCGUCUAGCAAAAAUACAUGGGGCUGACGGAUUGGUAUAUGGCGCCCUGACAGAAGACGGCAGAAUCGAUGCAGAACUGUGUAUGGAUUUACUUGCUGUCUCACGACCCCUUCCUGUCACUUUCCAUCGAGCGUUUGACAUGGUCUAUGAUCCACUGCUUGCUAUGGAGACGUUGAUUUCACUCGGGUUUGAGCGGGUGCUGACCAGCGGGUGUGACAGCUCGGCGUUGGAAGGUCUACCUUUAAUAAAGAGGCUGGUAGAACAGGCUAAAGGCAGGAUCAUAGUAAUGCCAGGUGGUGGCAUCACAGAGAGAAACCUCCACAGAAUUCUGGAAGGAGCCGGAGUUCAGGAGUUCCAUUGUUCUGCACGCUCUACCAAGGAAUCAUUGAUGAAAUACAGAAACAACUCUGUGACAAUGGGAACUGCACUUACUACCUCAGAGUAUUCCAUCAAGGUUGCCGACGUGACCAAAGUCAGGACAUUGAAUGCUAUGGCAAAGAAUUUUCUCUGAAACAACCUCCCAGGGAGCCGCAGGAAAUGUCGUGUUGCAUCAACGCAGAGAAGAAGGGUAUCUGGAAUACUGUGCUCACUGGUGGUUGGGUAGAUAAGAGGCACGCCUUGGAGUGGAUGUGACUGCAUGAUGGAUUUUGGGUUCUUUGUUCUGAUUCUCCACCAUAGGUAAAGAAAGCAUUGAUGGGAGAUCUCCUGUAACACAGACCUGUGAUGUUCAGACCAUCUCUGUUCCGAGGAGGGAAUCCGCACAUUGUUCUGUUCAGGGUUGUGUUCACCUUUUAGGGGCUUUUUUUUUGAGUGGUCAUGUUAACAGCCAUAAUCAUCGUAAAUGAAAUGAAUGAAAAUGCAACAACAGGAACAUCUCCAAUUUGGAAUUUUCUUGCUGUUUCAGAUGUAUUCCUUUACAUGUCCAUUUGUCAAUAAGCAGCCCGGCAUUAGGAAAUAUUGGGGUACAGGUUGGGUCUGAGGCAAAUUUGUGACCAGCUCUAUACGGCCUUCCUUUACAUACAUCCACCAUCUCCUCUAUAGUGGUUUGUUAUAUGAGAAUACGGUUUAUAGUUGGAGAGUGUGCUAUAAAUGGUUAAUGUGCUUGUGAUCCAUCUGAAAAUUAAAGAGAAAGUCCAGUAAAAAUGCAUCUUCUGAUUUAUUAUAUAAACCCACAAGAUUCAGUCCCUGAACUAAAAAUGGUGCAGAUUCUUUUAAUUGCUUUUUAGGUUCAGUUUACAUGAUGUUAGGAGACUAUGUUUGGUGAAUAUGCCAUAAAAACUCCAGGUGUAUACACCAGACAUAGUCAUAAGCCUAGAAUCAUCCAAAGGAAGCCUAAAGAGUGUCCUAUUGACCCCAGGCCAGUACACGGUAUUCUGAUUUAUUUUGUGCUAUAGAAUAAAACCAUCAGGUAUACAUUCGGGAGACUUCACCUGCCCAGUCCCUCAUUGAUGUCAUUCAGAUGGUGCCCAAUGGCCGCUUAUCAGCAGGGACCAUACACAACAGCGUCUCAUCAUACAAAAUACCCGUUCUGCCAGUCACUGUCUAGGUUUUUUGGCCAGUGAUUGAGGAAGUAGGCAUUCCCUGUUUGUCUAGAUGUGGAGCAGAAAACAUUGAUAAGUCGAGGCCAUUAGAAGGACAUCGACAGGCAGGUGAGUAUAUUUCAAAAGGUCCGGGGAGCAAAAUAAGGUAUUACCUGUUCUGCUCCCAGAGUUUCACUUCCACUCCAGCACAUAGCUAACAAGACAAGGGAAGGCAGGUGCCAAGUCACUCAUUGCAUGUGGCUGAAACCACAUCCUCCCAUGGUAAUUGUGAUUUGAACCCCCUCUCUCGUUUAGGAAGGUAUACAGGGAAGUGCCAGUGCAGACAACCAUUUAAAUAUAUAUAUUUUUUUGCCUGCCAAUCUCUUUGUUU